AAAACAACAAAAAAAAACUUCAUAUAGCUUGGACAAUGACUUCAGUCUUAUUCAAACAUGAAUGUUUUAGUAACAUAUUUAGUAGUAGAAGUCUGUACAAAGUCACAAAGUUUCUUGACGUUGGAGUGAGAUUGAGAGGAAAUAAACUACUGUAAACCUGGUUACUGUAACAUCUAAAUAUUUAGAGAACAUUAAAAUGUAUGGAUGUAUCGGCGUACUGAUUUUUAUGUGUCAAUUGGUUAUUCUGACUGGACUUAACUGUGAACCAUUUGAGGAGAACCAACCCUACAGCAUAUUUUUUACCUGGAAACUUGAUGGACAUGGCGAGUCCAAAGUAGCUCUGGACAAAAACGGUGUGAUCCUAGCCACAUGUGACACUGACUCCACAUGCGUCAAUUACUUCGACCACUGCUCCGCUACUAGCAUAACGCCUUUACCAGGUGGUAGUUUCUUGAUCAAUCAUACCAUCUUCACAGCCAGCAGAAGAGAUGCGGGAGAGUGGACUCUGAAAUACUUGGAAGGUAUCCAAAGUGAGAAUUCUGUUGUUGGCAGAUGUCAUAUAGCCUCCUACACCAAAAUCUAUUACACCAAAUGCAAGAGUCAACUGAAUAAAGAUAAUGUCGAAAUUAUGUGUGAAACUGCAAACGCUUUUCCACGAUCAAGGUGCCAGUUUAAAGUCAGUCACCAGCAGAAAGAAUGGCUGUAUUCAAAAAAUAUAUCCUACAGCUAUGAGUUAAACCAAAAUGGCAGAUAUGACUAUUACAAAACAAUGUGUUCUACUCAUAUUCGUUUCUUAAAGCUGGGUUCCUACACUGUUGAUGUCAACAUGUUUCCUAGCGUCACAGGAGAUGAUGAUAGUGACGUACUAUUGGGGUUUAGAUCAUUUGUAGAUGUAGAUGUCAAUGAAGGUUCCAGCGCACUGGUUGAAAAAUGUGACGAUAUGUUUUGGCAUAACACGACGAGACUAUGUGUCCUAAAAGUUACAGAGAAAGUGUACAGCAUAAGACCUACAAUCACAAUAAUGGAAAGUUCACAAGAAACAAAAGUCUCAACAGAAAUAACGUGGAAAAUUUCUGGAAUGCAAAUUAUUUUAAUCUUAAUCUUCAGUUCCACCAUCAUCAUCAGUAUCAUCCUAUAUGCCACAUUUAAAUGUGGUCCACUAUGUCAGAAGGCUUCCACGAACUCCAAAACUGAGAAAGACGAGAAAAAACUUGUCAAAAAUAAAGACGACAGUUACAGCCAUUUUUAAAGCAAUAUUCUGCGAAACAUGUUUUACAAAGAACUCUUGAAAAAUAGAGGGGUCUUACUACAUCUUCAGUAGCGCCCUAAAUAUCCGGGACAAAUAUGCAUUCAAAGUGGACAGCAUUGGUAUUUGGUGGUAAACCUUCGAGACACAGUCAGCGAGAAGUUCAAUAAUUUGUUAACAAAAUAUGAUAUCUUUAUUAUACAUUAAUGCUUUUUUUUUCUUAUUUAAAUUGUCAAUAAAAAUGGCGGACUUUUUAAAAAUUACUAUAUAAUAAUCUUAUAUAUCUUUCUCAAAGAAACGAAACUUUAAAUAUUAGAUUCUGUACAUUUAGUUGAUUAGCGAGGCCAUGUCAGAUGAAUACCCACAUUUUUAAAUAGGUGGCUGCGUGGUCGCACGGUAUGCUCGCUGGACUGGUGUUCAGUCUUCCAGAUGGUCCCGAGUUCAUACCGUGCCCGAUGCCUUCCUCCGUCGUCUUGCUGGAGGUUUCGGCUUGGAAAAAUGUCAUCUUUAACUCUGAAAGACCAUUUGAACAUAAAAUGCAGUCUACAAACAUUCGUAUUUUUGUAAACUAUAGGUUGCAAUUUAUUUUAUUAGAGAUAAUAUGAAAUGGAUUCAGGAGAAUAUAUCUCAAGUUAGUAUUGAAGAGAAACUGUGAUGUGAUAUAUUUUGUCUGCUAUUAUAUAAAGUGUUAGCUUUAAAAUGUAUUGUUUUGUUUAAUGGACAAUUGUAAAACAGAUUUCCUAAUGGAUAAUAAAGAUUAUUGUUAAAAUUA